CCCAAUUUCAUGAGACAUCUAGCUUUCGCAUUUCAUUGCAAUGAUAAAGCUCGUGGGAGCUUACAGCGAAAUGAUGUACGAUGAUCUCAUCCCACGUGGAACCCGGCGUCAGCGGCGCCAAGAACAAGGGUCCUCAGGUACGCGAACGAGACCAUGCGAGAAAUCCGAGCUGCAUGCGUCCUUGGGCCUCAGGCACGCACACAUCCUGUCAUCGACACUCGUCACUCCAGUGUCGUCCUUUCCAUCUUUGCCUCAAAUCACUUGAUCACGAUCGAUUCGGUAGACCACAAAAAUGUCAGCCAAAUCCAAAACAGCACAGGCCGCGGCGCCCAACGACCAGCGACCCGUCAAACAAUCCGGGGGAGCGAAGAAUGCAUACCUCAUGCUCUACAACGCCGUCUCCGCAGCACUCUGGGCCGGCGUACUCUUCCAAACCAUCACCAUUGGCGGCAACGAAGUGGUGAAUGCGCAGAAAGCGGGAAAGUUCUUUGGCAGCGACGAUUGGUUUACGGCGGUCAAGAGGGGAUUGGGAAGCGGUAAGGUGUAUGAUAAUUUGGAGGGCUAUACGAGGACUGUGCAGACGCUCGCUGGGAUGGAAGUCCUCCACAGUCUAGUUGGUCUCGUCCGCGCCCCCCUCCUAACCACCCUCAUGCAAGUCGCAUCCCGCUUCCUCCUCGUCCACCUUAUCGCUUCGCCCCCGGCUUUCCCUCUCUCCACACGCCACUCCCCCGCCUACAGCACCAUGCUGCUCGCCUGGAGCGUAACAGAAGUAAUCCGCUACUCCUACUUUGUCUUCUCGCUGUCAGGUGCCGGGGUCCCCAAACUAUGGACUUGGCUGCGAUACAACACUUUUCUUGUUCUGUAUCCUCUUGGUAUCUCGAGUGAGUGCUGGUUGGUGUAUCAGGCUAUUCCGCUAGCUAGUGAGAGGAAUGAAGUGUUUGGGUAUGCGCUUUGGGCUAUACUGGCAAUCUAUGUCCCGGGAAGUUACAUUCUGUUCUCGCAUAUGUUGGCGCAGAGGAGGAAGAUUGCGAGGCAGAGCAGAGUGGCGUGAUAGGAAUUGGAAGACAACAUUUGGGCGGGAAGGAGAUUUGGUAACAUGCUGUUAUAUGGGGGAGUAUGCAUGUAAGACGACUCGAUAGUAUUGAUAGAACAUGAAGAAACUUCAAGACCGAACGAUCUAUUCAACUACGAAAUG